AGUCUUCGCAGUUUCUGCCCGCUCCAAUUUGAUUAGCCCCAAUUCUAGCAGCGAACGAGCAAAAUUGCAGCCCUGAUAGACGGCUUACAUCUUCGUCUAAUGAACUUUCUAUCUCGAAUAUCUUUCGCGCCAUUCCGAACUUGAAUCGGUUUUUUUGUGCAGUUCGAGGCGUAAUUUCUAGAGCUUCGUAUGAAGCGCGGGAAGAGACGCAACGCCGACGCCCACUAGUGAUUUUCGCACGAGUCGGGCAGCGCGAGCAGUAAGAAAGGUCUUGUCUUCACAUCUUUCAAACCGAUCUUACUCCGGUUCAAGUUUCUAAAGCGUAGCUUUCACUCUACAUUGUUCGCACGCGGCUUUCAGGAUUCACGUCAAGAACAUGUUCUGUCAAUAGUGUUUUGAUGCAGCAAAAGAAGACGUUCAGUGACCACCAGGGCGACUAGCUUUAGCUGACAUUUCACAUUGAGAAAAAGAAAACAUCUAUCAUCAACGAAUUCCAUAGCUGUAACAAGAAAAGCUGAAGACUGUAAAAGUCCAAAAUCAGAAGUAAAAGCUAUCACUUCUUGCUGUUCCCCUACUCGAAAUCCACGACCCUUAUCAUCAUUUGCAUUCUUGUUUCAAAAGCGACAUGGUAAUUUAGAAAAAAAAGCAAAAAUGUCGCAUUACUGAAGUCUAGCCGCCUUUACGCCGGACGCUGGCAUAGGACGCGAACUAAGCGACGACCUUUUUUGCAGCGUCCGCAGUACUAAAGACCUCUGCACCACCAGCGACUCUUUUUGCCUUUCUUUCACGACGUCGACAUGGAGCCAGGAAUGGAAAGGAGCACAGGAGAGCGGGCACAGCUCACGACCGCGACAGAAAUGGAAAACCCAAACGGGGACUCCACUGAUGUGCCAACUUCUCCUUCUUCCGCUGGCCCGUCGGACGUUCAAAAUGAUGAUGAUGAGAAUAACAAGACCUGGGCGGAAUUCUUCCACGACCUGGAUGCCAACAAUCUCGGCGUCGACCUCUCCGGCGAGGGAAAUACCAAAGACAUCAAGAUUGUAGAUGAAAAUCGCUACGGAAAGAGUGGAGAUCCAAUGCAUUCGCAACAGCGCCCUUACUGGGACGGCAUUCCGGCUGACCAAGCCCUCUAUUCCAACAAGUACGAGGGCGAAGCUUGUGGCGUCGGCGCGAUCUGCAACUUCAAGUCGAAAGCCAGCAGGGAGAUCGUGGAGGCCGGGAAGGAGAUGCUGAUCCGGAUGACGCACCGCGGGGCGACCACCAGGCCGAUGGACGGAGAUGGUGCAGGCAUACUGUGCUCCAUUCCCGACCGGUUUUUUCGCGAAAUGACCUACCGUGACUUUGUUUUGCCCCCCGCCGGUGAGUACGGAGUGGGCAUCAUCUUUAUGCCGAGGACCGAGGAGAAACGGCACGAUUGCAGGGUGUUGAUCAAAAAAGUCGCGAAGAAGCUCGGGUUGAGCGUUCUCGGCUACCGGCAGGUGCCGACGGACAGCACACACCUGGGACAAUACGCUGCAUUCACGGAACCGCACAUGAGCCAGAUUUUCGUCGCCUUGGACGAGGAUUACUUCGAGAGGAACCAAAUGACGCUUGACACUGCGAGCGUCUACUCGGUCGGGCACACGCACGCAAGGCAGAUCUCCGCGACAAGACGGCCCGGGAUCGACGCUAUCUUCGAAGACGGGGGCUCCCACAGUGUCAAAGACGACGAUGAAAUCACAUCCGCGCCCAGCCCCAGAGGACCGAUGGCGGCAGGUUUGUUUGGUUCAUGCUGUGCUAGUGUGUAGUUUUUUGAAUUUGAUGUUCGUUUCUAUAUCAAGGUGAAAAAUACGAGUUUACGCAUCUACCACGACAUCCAAAAAAAUUCAAUAAAACAAAGAUAUGGACCGUGCGAACAGUUUCCGGUCGAUGCGUGGGCAGAACAACCGUCUGCGCACCUUGUCCGCGGCCAGUUCGAACACGAGAGCGGACCACGCGGAGAAGUGCAGAUUGCUGGAACUGAAGCUGUUUCUCCUCCGCCGACUGGUGUCGCUCCGCGGGAAGGAACUGUACUUCUGCUCGCUAUCCAACAACAUCAUCGUGUACAAGGGGCAGCUCGUCCCCGAGCAGCUCUUCCGGUUUUUCGAAGACCUCGAGGAUCCGCGCUUCACCUGCCAUUUAAUCGUGGUGCACUCCCGGUUUUCCACGAACUCCUUCCCGUCCUGGUCGCGCGCGCACCCGCACCGGGUGUUAGCGCACAACGGCGAGAUCAACACGUUUCAGGGGAACGUCAACUGGAUCCGUGCUCGGGAGGCGGCCAUGGAAGCCUAUGGGUCGGACAUUCUGGCGAAGACGGGGUUCAGCUCGCGGCAUUUGUUCCCGAUGAACGAGGACGUCGGGUCGGAUAGCAGUUUUCUGGACAAUGUCGUGGAACUACUGACCGCCUGUUCCGGCCGCGACAUCGCGGAGGUGAUGCUGAUGCUCAUCCCAGAAGCGUGGCAAAACGAUCCGACCUUGACCCCGGAAAGGAGAGCCUUCUACGAGUACCAGGCCUGUGCGAUGGAACCGUGGGACGGGCCGGCACUGGUGAUUUUCACCGAUGGACACCAGCUGGGAGCGACACUGGAUAGGAACGGGCUGCGACCGGGGAGGUAGUUUUUUGGAGUUUGUGGUUUUUUGUGGAUGAUGAACGAGGUAUUUUGAUGUCCCCGUCUUGAUGAACGGAAUUUUUCCCGUUCUCAGUUUUGCUAGCUUCGUAGAAAAGACUACGUGCCCGUUUAUCACAGGUACUACAUUACCCAAGAUGACCGGUUAAUCCUGGCUUCCGAGGUCGGCGUCGUGGAUGUGGACCCGCAGCUGAUUGUCAGCAAGGGCCGGCUGCAGCCCGGAAAGAUUCUCCUAGUGGAUUUUGACGAGCAGAGGGUGCUUCCGGAUACCGAGCUGAAGGAGAAGUACGCCAACAAGUACGACUACGUUGACUGGCUCCGAAACGUGCCGCACGUGAGCAAGCACUUGGAGAAAUCCACGGAGAAGUCGAACAACUUGACUCUCAUCUCCGACGCCCGCAUUGUCGAGGAAUUGCUCACCUCUUCCGAAGAUUCCGAUCUCGGUCCGACGCCCACCGGCCAGCACGGUGCGACCGCGUCCAGUCUGGACAAAAAUCAACAGCUGCGUACCGUGGAUUCGCACAGCAGUUUCGCGUCGGAGGCCGCUGCGGAAAAGCAGUGGUCGAGUAUGGAAAUCCCGUACCUAACGUUGUUCGGCUACACGCACGAGAAGGUGGAAAUGAUCCUAGGCCCGAUGGCGCUGUCAGGCGCGGAGGCCCUGGGGUCUAUGGGAAAUGAUGCCCCGCUUGCUUGUUUAUCCAGACUUCCUCGGUCCCCCUUCGACUACUUCUACCAGCUAUUCGCACAAGCGACAAACCCGGCCAUCGACCCUCUGCGCGAGGCUAACGUGAUGAGCUUGGAGUGCCCGAUUGGGCCGGAGGGGAACUUGCUUCAGGUGAGCCCCCAGUCGGUCCGACACCGGUGCUUUCUCGACGAGCCGGUCCUCGAUCCGGAACGCUUCCGGGUGCUGCAAAAGAUGCCGUGCCUGGAAAGCUACGCGGUGUUGGACUUGACCUACUCCAGCACCAGCACACAUGACGUUGGCAGGCAGCAGUGGAACCAAAAAGCGUUUGAAAACGAUACGGUAUUGGAAUUACGGCUGGCGCAACUCUGUAACGAAGCUGAAGCCGCGAUCAAGAUCGACGGUGUGUCGAUGUUGGUGCUUAGUCACCGCCUGACCAGCCCGGAAACCAUACCGAUCGCUUCCUUGCUUGCGGUCGGAAUUCUGAACCAGUUUCUGGUAGAGCGGAAAUUGCGCAGUGAGGUAAGUUGUAUCUAUCAGCACGACUGCAUUUUCAUUUUUCUUCCGCUUGCAUUCUCUUUCUCUGAGUCACACAAAAAUCACCACAACAUACAUCAACAAACAGGUCGCUAUCGUCGUGGAGGGAGGCGACUGCUUUGAAAUCCAUCACUUCGCCCUACUCCUCGGUUACGGCGCAGACGCCGUCUUUCCCUACAUGGCUUACCUCGCGCUGCAGCGCUGCCGGCGACCGAAGUACACCCAGGACUUCAGUCUGGCGACCAAGAUUGAAAAUUACCGCCGCGCCGUGCAUCAAGGCCUGCUGAAGGUGAUGAGCAAGUGCGGCAUCUCGUGCCUCCAGAGCUACAAGGGAGCGCAGUUGUUCCAGGCGAUCGGGAUCAGUAACAAAGUGGUAAACAAGUGUUUCACCGGUACGGACGUCGCCCUCCAGGGGGUCGGGUUUGACAUCUUCCACUUGGAUGCGGUCCGACUGCACACCAUCGCGUUUCAGCAGAUGCGGUUGCCCCCCCUGGUGGACGAAGAGUCCCGGGAGCUGCCAGACUGGGGCGAGUACCACUUCUAUCGCACGAAAAAAGUGUUACAGUUACACAUUUGUUGUCAAUUUAGCAACACAAAUUUCUCGGCAUGAGAGAGAAAACUUGCAAUGCAGAAAUCCUACGGGAAAACACCUAUGAAAGGAGGCCCCUAUCAUGCAUAUCCGGCAUGACAGAGCUUGUCUGUCUUGCUUGGCCUGCAACACAGUGUGUAACUGUAACACUUUUUUCUCAGGAUAACUUCCGCUCCGUCGGGGAGCAGAACGAGUUCCACAUGAACUCCCCGUAUCAAAUGUAAAAAUGUCUGGGUCUGGAAGAGUGCAUGUUUGUCAUGCUUGUCUGGCAUGACUCUCAAAUCUGUCAUGCGCGUUACCCAAGAGCUCCAUUUUUCUGCGAUGCAGAAACGCAGUUUGUCAUGCAGAAUAGGCAACACCUAGAAGCUCAGAAACUUGUCAUGCUGAGCCAGCAUUUGUGGCCUCAUCAUGAGACGACACCCAGCAUCACAAGUUUCCAGACCCAGACACUUUUGCAUUUGAUACCCCGGACGUGAUCGCGAAACUCCAGCAGGCGGCGAAGACGAACAGCACGAAAGCCUUCCGCACUUACGAGGAGUACCAGGACAAGAUUUCGGAGCAGGGCGAGGUCCGCGGGCAACUGGAAUUCGCGUAUCACGAAGACGGACCCUUGGACUUGGCCGAAAUCGAGCCGGCGAGCGAAAUCGUGAAGCGGUUCGUCACGGGCGCGGUCAGUUUGGGCAGCAUUUCCGAAGAAGCGCACAAGGCGCUCGCGCUGUCCAUGAACCGGGCCGGGUCCAGAUCCAACACCGGGGAGGGUGGUGAGGAGUCGGAACGGUUCACCGCUUUGAAACACUCCGGCUUGAUCAAGGCCGGCGCCGUGGACUGGGAGGUGGAGAAAAACGACAGUUUCCGGUCGAAGAUCAAACAGGUCGCCAGCGGGCGGUUUGGCGUUACGACGCAGUAUUUAGUGAACGCAGACGAGCUGCAGAUCAAGCUCUCCCAGGGCGCGAAGCCGGGCGAAGGAGGGGAACUACCCGGGUACAAAGUGAUCGGGAAAAUCGCAGAGGUGCGGCAGAGCACCCCGGGAGUGGGACUAAUAUCGCCCCCGCCGCACCACGACAUGUACUCGAUCGAGGAUGUCGCCCAGCUGAUCUCGGAUUUGAAGCACGUGAACCCGGAGGCGCGAAUUUCGGUGAAACUCGUUUCCCGCGUUGGCGUCGGAAUCAUCGCCAGUGGCAUUGUGAAGGGGAAAGCGCAACACGUCACGAUUUCGGGCGGAAAUGGAGGUACCGGUGCCGCGAAGUGGACCUCAAUUAAGCGCACGGGGUUGCCGUGGGAAAUCGGGCUUGCGGAGACCCAUCAGACUCUGAAUCUGAAUGGCAUUCGGCAAAAUGUGUGUUUGCAAACCGACGGGCAGAUCAGAACGGCCCGGGACAUCCUCGUUGCGUUCCUGCUCGGCGCCGACGAGGUUGCAAUGACCACCGCACCGCUGAUCACUUUGGGGUGCAUCAUGAUGCGGAAGUGCCAUUUGAACACCUGUCCAGUCGGCGUUGCGACGCAAGAUCCGGAGCUACGUGCGAAAUUUGACGGGCAUCCAGAACACCUGAUUAACUACUUGUUUCUUCUCGCGAACGAGGUGCGCCGCUACAUGGCGCAGUUGCGGGUAACCUCGGUCAAAGAGCUGAUCGGGCGUGCGGAUUUGCUGCGACCGAGGCCGGCCACGUUUCAGAACCGGAAAACCGCGCAGUUGGAUUUCGAAGCGCUGCUCACUCCGGCUUGGACCAUGAACAGCUUGGUCAUGCAAGACCAGGCACCGCAACUACACCAGGAGACGAUCGACCGCCGAGGCAGUCCGGCCGCGGCGGUCCGGCGCGGGACGCGUCGUGCUCCUGGGAACUACAUUUGCUGCGGUGGGUCCGCGACGGCGGACGCGUUGGAUCACUUCUUGGUGUCAAACUGCAAACCCCUGAAGGAAUUCCAGCCGGCGCAGUCGUUCGGCCAGACACGUACUAGAUGUGACUCAAAUUUUGUCUCGUGCUGUUCAUCUUUUGAGAGCUGUGUAUUGUAAUGGUAAUAUGCGACGCGUAGCGAUUAUAUCAGUUCACAUGAUCAAGCAAGAGGGUUGCACACUCCGACACCAGGCUGGCUGCCCGGUGUCGACCAGCUUCGGCUGGGUCUCUGUCCUUUGUCCAGAAAUACCGCAUUGUCUUGGCUCGCCUAGAUUUUGCGUUUUUUCGUCUCUUCGGUUCUCGGAGAGUGGAUAUUUGACGGAGGAGUGUCUCGAUGAGAAAGCGAGGCGCACUUGUGCGCCUCAGGCCUUCGCUCUGGUUCUGCUUCGCAGUUCCGCCUUGUCGUUUCCGGCGCUGCCGAUCCUUAGCGUGGAUCAAUGCAGUGCGCGGCAAGCAAAGAGCUCCGGUGGUCCCGUUGCCAUUGAGCUGCCCAAGCCAUGGGCAGGUCAGAACAGACGGCGUGCGCCUUGCCGUGUGCACGUAGCUCGGCCCUACCGAGUGCCAGGGCAUUAUCCUGACAGGGGAUGAUGUCCCGGUGGGAAGGAAGUUGUUGCGCAGCUCUCAGAGUGCGGAGAGAGAGUUCGCGUUCUUCGACUACCCUCCAGGCUAUCUCCGUUCAGUGGUACACACACGUCGAUGACGCGCUCUCGGUUCUCGCGAGCACCACUGGCCGGGGAGUGGAGAACCCGACUGCCCACGAUGUGGGUGUAGCAGAGGUUCUUCACGCCGUUAGGGGCACAGGCCCGGCGUUAUCUUGGCCUAUUGGCCAGGCCCGCUAUCGGCAAGACACAUCGGAAAACAGCGCAGCUUCGUCUGCGGCCUGCCGCUCUGUGUGUCGCGGGCGCUUCGCGAUUCUGCUUGUCGAUGCACGCCGCGAUGCGGCAGACAUGCAGUAGCAAGGCGCUCGUCUGUCGUAAAUGGAUUCGCGCGAGCGGGGGCGCCGCGGUCCAUUACGAUGGGAAGGCCUCACUGAAGGCUGUGAAAUAGCCACUGGUAUCCUACUAGGGCGAUGCCCGCAAGGUCCCUGUCACAGGGGUCCGGGGCCAGUGUAGCGGCAACCUACCGCAGCCGGCAAAAGAUCGCGCCGACGGUCAUAAGCCGGGGCUAAGUACAGACAGACACACAGGAACACGAGGCAAAAAACAAGGCACCCCCGCGCCAUGUAUUUAGCCCCUGCCAAUGGCAGGGGCCGCCCGAUGGGCCGCAUCACAUACACACUACGAUCUGACUACAAAUAGAGUCACCGAAACGAAACGCAAUGGUCUGCGUGCCCGAUGGGCACGCAGAUAUAUUAAGUACCAGGGCCAGCCCUCACACCACACCGCCCAGCACCCUGGACGCGCAACCCCACAGCCCCGCAGGCGCGGCGGUUUGUAGCAGUGGGUCGCAUGCCUGGGGCGCAGGUUAUUGCUGGUGUGUGCCUUCGCCUGCGCGUGUGACUUCGAUGACGUCGCCUGCGGGUGCUGGGGUGGGGUUGGGCGUCCGCGACGUCGUUGUUGCUGCUCUUCGGAGCUCGUGACGCCUUCGUUGCAGCUUCCACAUGGAUGCUUGCUUACAUCUUGCAGGGCAUGUUGUAGGUAGCACUUCGUGUGGAAGUAUCAGGUGUGCUGACACGGAAGGAGAGCUGAGGAGCGUGGCCUAUCGGCUUCGCGACUCCGUCCUUCGCUCCUCGGCGUCGGUCCGCCGGUGUUGAUUGCUUGAAUGCAGUCGACGCAGUCGAGGGGUUCAGCGGUUGGUGUGGGGGCGAGAGGGAGCGCUGCAUAGAUGCUCUUUUGCUUCUGUGAACAGGUUCGUUCUUCUCCUGCUUCGGGGUCUCCCAGGAGAUCCUGACUCAUCCAACGGGCCUGGGGACGCUUUUGUGGCCUUUGCGAAAUUUAAACGAAACACAGCUACGACAGAUAGCGUCUACUUACCGAGACGCGUGGUCGGUCGCGCAGUGCUUUGUGCUGCUUCCGCCACGAGAGGAGACCGCGGAACCCUCCCGGGCCUUACUUAUUUAGUCACAUUUGGGAGCACGCCCCCACUAUCCUCACCCGGUUCCCGGGUUGUGUCGCGGGGAUAUGUCCCGGCACGAUUCCACAAGCCUCGCUACUUUGCUACGCCGCCCCGUGCGCCCUGCUCUCUGUCCCCGACAGUGCGGGCUGCCCCCUUUGUUUAGUCGCAUUUGGGGAAGAUAUUCGGCGGUCCCAGUCGCGCCUCGCGGCUUGGGCCACCUCUAUGUCCGGGGCAUGGCUCUGUGGGGGUCGAGAGCCUGGCUUGCAUGGCCUGCUACCCGUAGCUCGUUGUGCCGGCCGGGUUCUCUCUUGGCUGCCAUUGUGACUGUCGCUCGAGGUCUUGCGACUAUCACUGCGACGCGCUUCUGCACGUCAUUCGCUUCCGUUGGUUGCGCGCGCGUUCACUCUAUGGGUGAAUUGCGCAGAGAAGGUGAAAUUAUAUAUAAUGUUGCCUUCUGCUUCUUUGCGCUAGUAGAGCAAACCUUGACUGAAAACAACCUUGCAAACUAAAAAACUCAGAUAUCCACCAAGCCGAGCGUCGUAUCCGUCCGCUGACGAUCAGUCUCGUUCGCAUCACCAAUGAGCACCGCACCGUCGGUGCCAUGCUGUCUUACAUGGUGUGUCGAUUUCAGGAGACUUUCAACGAGAACAAGGCACUCGCUGCCGAUACCAUUCGGGUCCAGUUCCAGGGCCACGCUGGGCAAUCGUUCGCAGCCUUCCUCAUCACCGGAAUUACCUUCGAACUUGAGGGCGACGCAAACGACGGCUGCGCCAAGGGACUCAGCGGCGGUCGCGUGAUAGUCUACCCGCCGCAGAUGUGCAGCUUGGUGCCGCACGAGAAUAUCUUGAUCGGAAACGCCGCACUGUACGGCGCGACCGGCGGUCAGGCCUUCUUUUCCGGUGUCGCAUCCGAGCGGUUCUGCAUCCGUAAUUCCGGCGCCGUCGCGGUCGUUGAGGGCGUCGGCGAUCACGGGUGCGAAUACAUGACGCGCGGGCUGGUGCUGAUCCUCGGGAAAACCGGAACGAACUUCGCCGCCGGGAUGAGCGGUGGGAUUGCUUUUGUGCUGGAUUUGAAUCCCCAGAACGUGAAUUCCCAGACCGUCUUCGUGGAAAGCAUCACGGAAGAGGACCAGCACACGAUCAGAAACUUACUGGAAGAGCACACGGAACUCACCAACUCGCAGAUCGGAGCGGAGCUGCUAGCGCUACCGCCCAAGCAGCUUGCCCCUCGGUUCUCCCGCAUUUUUCCGAAGGAGUACAAGAAGGUGCUGAAAGAAGCGAUCGUCGAACACACGAAGGUCGGGUCGAAGCUCGCGGCGAAGAUCCUCGAUGAAUUCGACAAGAUGCGCAACCCGCUGCCGCAUAAAAGGACAGACUUGUUUUCCUCCGCGUACCUGCAACACCUCAAGCCCUCCACCGCCUACGGCCAGGCAGGAAUCCGCCGCAGCGUCGCGGGUAGCAUUGGCCUCCCGAUCGGCGGUCCGCUUCGGGAGGUCGGUGGCGUCGGAGUGGUAAAGUCCUCACUGAGCGCACUGGGGCUUGGAACCGUCACGGAAAACCGCGCAGUCAUUUCCGGGGAGUACGACAGUCUGGUCUCCGCCGACGAUCCUGCUGCGCGCUUCCGACUGGGGUAUUCCCUCUGGCGCAAAAGCCCGGCGCCGGGCGGGAAGGACAGCAAACCCGGCGGGGGGAAAGUGCACUUACCGAAAGAGGAACGGGAGAACCUGCUCAACGGCCCGAAGUGGCGCCGGAUUGAAAGGAAGCUGCGCGGCGAGGAAACCCCGUCGACGGCUGCCAGCUGUGACUCUAAUGACGGAAGUCAGAAUGAGAACGAACCAAUAAAGGACGACAUGAAUGACUCCCUCCAGCUGGACAACAUCACGUUGCUGCCGCAGGGCUCCAACUCGGUCCCAGGCAUCGCGGACUCGUCUGCCGGCGGAGGUACUAGAAGAGCCAGCACGUCCUCCGUGAAUCUCGCGCUGGUUGCGAAGAGCAGUAGUGCGGCUGGGAUCAACAAAGUGGACAAACUAGACCACCACCGGGAUAGCACCGACAGUUUGGAAUUUCUGCAGAAGAAAGAAAAACCCACGAAAAAGAAGUAUUUGCAAAUCAUUUCGGAUGUCGAGGAUAUCAUGCGCGGCUCGCAUCUACGAGCGGUAGCGGUUUCCGUUCCGACAAAGCGCAAGGGGUUCCACCUCUACGGACGGAAGACCGCCGGGUACCGCGAUCCCAAAGACCGGCUCCUCGACAGCGAGGAGAUCUACGCUGGUGGGAAAGUGACCGCGUCGACGAGAGCACGGAACCUUGUCCGGACGCAGGCGUCGCGCUGCAUGAACUGCGGAACACCCACGUGCCAGUUCCCGAACCAGGGGGGCGGCGGGUGCCCGCUGGCCAAUCGGAUCCCGGUGUGGAACAGUUUGGUUCACGAGGAGGAUUGGAAACGGGCGCUGGAGCGGUUGCUCGAUACAAACAACUUCCCGGAAUUCACGGGGACAACCUGCCCCGCCCCGUGCGAGGAGGCGUGCGUGCUUGGAAUCAACGAAGGCCCGGUGACGAUCAAAUCGAUCGAGAACGCGAUUAUCGAGAAGGGCUUCCAGAUGGGGUGGGUCAGCCCCAAGCCCCCGGUGUUCCGGACCAAGAAGAAAGUCGUGGUCGUUGGCAGCGGGCCGUGCGGGUUGGCCGCGGCGCAGCAACUGAACCGAGCGGGUCACCAGGUCACGGUGCUGGAGCGAGAGGACCAGUUCGGCGGGUUGCUGUUCUACGGCAUUCCAAACAUGAAGUUGGAGAAGAGGAAGGUGGUCAGGCGAAUCGACUUGAUGCGCCAAGAGGGGAUUACCUUCCACGCGAACGUCGAGGUGGGCACGACUGUCAACUACGAUUUGCAGACACUCUGUUCGGAGUACGACGCGGUGCUGUUCUCCACCGGCGCGAACGCGGCACGGAAGCUGGAGCGGUCUUUGCCCGGGAAUGAUUUGGGCAACAUUGUCCAGGCCAUGGAUUUCUUGACGGACUCACAGAGGUAUGAAAGCCAGCUGGCAGGCGUCAACACGGAUCCGCAUAGUUUACCCGCUGCGGUUCUUUCCAUCAGCACGAAUUCAUCCGCUACAGGAGCGAACAGACCGGGCAAACAGCAAGCUUCCGGUCCGUCAAAGAAAUUCGAUUGCGCAGACAAGGACAUCAUCGUGAUUGGCGGUGGCGACACAGCGGUGGACGUGAUUGGCACGGCGAUAAGACAGGGCGCAAAAUCGAUCACGCAAUUUUCCCGGCGGCCGAAAGCCAGCGAAGACCGACCGGUUCACACCCCCUGGCCAAGCUGGGCCGAUGUGUAUCGGACCGAUUAUGCGCAUGAGGAGUACAUCGCGGCCACAGGGUCGGAUCCGAGGACGUACGCGAUCAAAACUCGAGAGUUCGUCCCGGACAGAACCGGAAAAGUAGUGAAGAAGGUCGUCGCGUUGCAGGAUGUGCUGGACGCCGACGGGAACAAAACUGGAGAGGAGCGGUUGGUGGAGUACGAUGCGGACUACGUCUUUCUCGCGAUGGGCUUCGUUGGCAGUGAGAAGAUCAAGUGCCCGGCCCAAUCUGCGGUUUCGCAGUUGCGACCGAAUCAACUAUUCGAGCAGGAAGAAAGUUUGAAUAGUUCCGCAAGUUCACUUCCUGCGGUUUCGACCCCGCAGACGCGGUCAGCCAACGGGCACCAGAUUUCAACUUCCGGUGUUACGACGCUGGCACAACUAAGCACCAACAAUCCCAAUCGCAAGGAGGAGCCGGUGGAGACCGAGCAGCAAGACCACUACUACCUCGGUUCCAACGUUUUUUUCGCGGGCGAUUGCCGCCGCGGCGCGAGUUUGGUCGUCACCGCCAUCGCGGAAGGGCGCGACGUGGCCAACCGGAUCGAUGAGUACUUGCUCGCGAAGGAUUGUUUAAGGGGAGACUAUUCCGGCCUGAAGUACGGGGACGCGGCUCUGUUCAAUCGCGGGCUGUCUGCCUUACCCCGGUGCAUUCCGCUCGCGCAGAACCCGGCGCUUUACACGAGGUCCGACGUGUUAGAGUCGAACGAGCAGAUCUACCGGAAAAAGAAAAAGAUGAAGAAGCCCCAGAUCUCGGACGGGUUCGAGCGCGGUUUUCUGCUGCAGGACGAUCCUGCAAACGGCCUCGACAAGGAAGGGAACGAGAGUAAGCAGACCACUCCGCAAGGCUCGCCGCGGGCAUUGGCGAUCACCGACCGCGCUCGCUCCGCGGAGUCUGCAAGUUCCUUGACGGCAGUGUUGCCGCCGCUUGUCGAGCAGACCACGUCUCAAGCUGACGACAGUACCAGUCUACUCUCCUCCAAAGUGCGACCGGUGAAGGCAGUACAGAUUCAGUUGAACCCGGUCGUAUCCCCUACGACUCUCGCUGAGAAAGAAGAAGUGAACGAAGAUCUCGAAAAGUCCAGGCCAAAGAAGAGAAAAAGACACAAGAAGAAGCACAAUGACCGGAAUAAAGACCCUGACGCUUCAGAUUCAGACUCGUCGUCUUCGUCCGAUUCUGAGGAAGAAAAAGGGCGGCAUAAAGGACGAAAGCGCAACAAGCAUCGGGAUGCAGAUCGUCGUGCAGACGAACAGAAAAUACAGAACAUGCUGAUGGUUGGCAUCGGUAUUUCCGUCGUAUCUAACAUUGCUUUGGCGGGGCUAUUGGCGUUCGUGUCUCUGAGGAGUACACGACGUUGACGAAGCAAACAUGGGGGCGAGUCAUUCUCAUGUUGCUUUUUUUCUUCCACGACGACGACGUGAAUUUUCUGUAGUACCACCGACGUUUCUCUUUCUACCCCUACACCGUGGACUACUUCAUCUAUUCUGAAGUUUCUUGUCAUCUCCACGCAGCCGACAAUGACAACCAUCAAAAUACCAAUUUUUUCCCCAUCCGCGACGCAGUAAUAUUUGAAGGGUUCGAGUAGUCACGUUCCUGCCUCCUCAAGAACACUUCUCACCCCCGCAAGCACUUCAUGCAGCGGGCGUUAGUUUGAGAGUUUUUUGUCUUGCGUUUAAACGAGGACAAUGGCGCGACUUAAGUACAACCUGUUUCCCCUCCCAAUGCUAUCACAGACACUAACCGGUACAUAUUGUAUCCACUAGGACUAGCUAUCUGAGCUUAUUGUACUUGCGGUCUGCUACGCAAGAAUCAAACUUCUAUCUGUAUCGCACACUAUUUUCAUCAUCUAUAGCGCACGCGCUCGCGCUCACUUUUUCCAUUUUUUCAUCGCUAGCAUCGAGGAUGUUGGCAACACACGAAAACAAGUUUUAUGAUGCGCUCCUAUACUCACUCGCUAGUAGCAGGUGUUGAUCUGAUCUCGACGAAGGUAGUUCUACCGAGGUUUUGUUGAGUCAGCGUCACCUCUUGUAGUUUCAAUACACGCUUGACAGUAUGAGAUAAUAUUCACAGUUUCUGCAUUCUUUUAUCCAGGUGAUAGAUGAAUGUGAAAGGCUGUAUAUCAUAUCAUCACCUCUUUGUUGGGCUUCUUGUGAAUCCUCCUUUUGAUAAGUAUUUGAUUUUCGCUUGGUUUCACCCGCGCGCGCGCGCGGCCACCCUACGCUCACAGAUGUACCACAAUCCCUUCAAGCAGGUGUGCAGUGUACAAGUCAUUUUUAGUUGAUCAUUGACCGCCUGCAGUGUACUUCUCUCUCCAGUGCUACAAGUGCUUGCACCAAGAGAAUCUGUUCUCGUAGAUGCAGUCUGACUGUCGAGUAUUUUCCGUGAACGCUGCAGGCUUCAAACGAUUUCAAUAUUUACGACAUCGGAGUAGAAGAGGCAUGAAGGACGAUUGAUAGUACGCUAAUUAUACCCUAAGAUUGACACCACGACCUACAGCCCUUUGGUAAAGCGUAGCGCCAGCUACGUUCUGUAUUUGAUUUUUUUCUUCUACCUUCCAGAAGCUCGUUUUAAACUCUUCACACUUUAGUCGAAAAGCGACAGAAUAGGAAACGAAGUAUCACGACAGCCAAUGCUCCUAGUACAAGCGAACUGAAUGAAUCGCCCCCGAGUCCGAGUCUGUACAAAUGCUGUCGAAGAACAUCUCGCAUCUCGAAGAGGAUGAGGAAAAGCUACAAUCUUGUACGAAGUAGUCUGUCCGUCGGUAAGAAGACAAAGAGGUGAAGUGAAUAUGAAAACCAAAC